GGGAUACCAGACUUUCAUUGCAGUCGCCGUAGAUGUUUCCGAUGCUCUUUGCUGACGGUCAUUUCGAGCUUCACUCUUUCUUCUAAAAACCACACUACCCACGAAGAGGAGGGGUAGUUCAAUCCAUCGAAAGAUUCAGCAGCCUAACAAAAUAUAAUGGAUCCAUGCCCGUUUGUCCGCUUGAUCGUUGAGUCUCUGGCUCUCAAACUUCCGAUUGCCACCAAACCGGCCGGUUCCGGCGUCUACCCAUCAACCACUCCCUGUUUCUGCAUCAUCAGAUUCAAGAAUUUCCCAUCUCAAACGGCACUACUGCCUCUCUGCGCGACCCCUAGCGACUCUCCUCCGGAUACUGCCACCUCCACCGCCGGAUUCCAUCUCGACGCCAUCACUCUCCGCCGUCUCUCUGGAAAACCCGUGACCCUCCACCUCAAGGUCUAUACCGGCCGCAUGGGCCGCACUUGUUGGGUCAGCAGUGCUAAAUUGAUUGGAAAGGUUCAGGUGAGUGUGGACUUGGGUGGGGCUCAGUCCAAGGCUUGUGUGUUCCAGAAUGGUUGGAAGAAGCUCGGCAGGGAACAGGAUAAGCCUUCCGCCCGGCUUCACCUCGUGGUCCGAACAGAACCAGACCCCCGGUUCGUAUUUCAAUUCGGCGGCGAACCAGAAUGCAGCCCUGUAGUGUUCCAGAUUCAGGGGAAUAUCAGACAGCCUGUGUUUAGCUGUAAAUUCAGCGCCGAUCGUUCAAGAUCCCGAACUAUGCCAUCGGAUUUUACCAAGAACAGAGGAUGCAUAAUGAGAACCUUUUCAGUGGAGAAGGAAAAACAGGGGAGGGAGAGGAAGGGAUGGAUGAUAAUGAUAUAUGAUCUCUCCGGCUCCCCCGUUGCUGCUGCUUCCAUGAUCACUCCAUUCGUCCCUUCUCCUGGUUCGGACCGCGUUUCGCGGUCCAACCCUGGGGCAUGGCUGAUCCUCCGCCCUAAUGGGUUCUCCGUCAGCAGUUGGAAACCAUGGGGUCGCCUGGAAGCAUGGCGUGAGCGAGGACCCGUUGACGGGUUGGGCUACAAGUUCGAGCUCGUCACCGACAGUGGCCCCACCAGCGGCAUCCCCAUUGCGGAAGCUACAAUGAGUGUCAAAAAGGGAGGGCAAUUCUGCAUCGACAGUAGGAUAACGAAAGAUUCCGUGGUGGCAUUGAGGUCUCCAGUUAAAGGGUUUGUGAUGGGUUCCACUGUUGAAGGUGAAGGCAAGGCAAGCAAGCCGGUGGUAGAGGUCGGAGUUCAGCAUGUAACGUGCAUGGCGGAUGCCGCCCUCUUCAUUGCACUCUCCGCCGCCAUUGAUCUAAGCAUGGAUGCUUGCCGGCUUUUCUCCCGUAAACUCAGGAAGGAACUUUGCCAUGAUGAACAAGAUUCCUUUUCUUGAUUAACAAGAAACCUGACAUUAAUUCAGUAUCUGCUGCUGUGAUAACCAGUUAGUUCUACUGUUGGUUUGAGCAUAGAGUAGAAGAUGCAUGAUAUUUUUCUUCCCCUGUUUGGUAGUGUGGCUGCUGCAGGUGAUUUACAGAUUCAGAGUCUCUUGGUGGUUUUGAUUCUGUUUUGUCAGACACAAUAUACCUAGCUAGGGCGAAGCGAAUUUAUUUGUUACAGUUUGGUCCUUGAGUUCGUUCCUUACAGACUUGAAAUUGUAUAGACAUAGAAAUGAAUAUUGUUUGUUCAU